GGGCGGGAGAACCGGGAGGAGGGAGCUGGGUGCGGAGGCCCCACCUUUCAUUCCAGCGCUGCACCGGCCGGGGCGGGAUGAGUCACGGCUGGCUGGCUGUGCUGUGCACCUUCCCGUAGGUGAGGGACUCGGACCUCUCUGGGAGAAAACUGCGGUGCCCGCUCGUCCUGGCUUUGGCCUUGGCAGGGUGCUGGAGCCCUGGGUCUGCCGGGUCUGGCCUCCGGGGCCACGGCUGGCUUUCCCUGAUGUAUGGAAAGAGCCCUGCGCGAGUGCUUCCACUUCUCCUGGGCUUACAGCUCACAGCCCUUCGCCCUACAGGAGCUGUGGAGAUUUACACGUCCGGGGCCCUGGAGGCAGUCAACGGGACAGACGUGCGGUUAAAAUGCACUUUCUCCAGCUUUGCCCCUGUGGGCGAUGCCCUGACAGUGACAUGGAAUUUCCGCCCUCGAGAUGGGGGCCGUGAGCAGUUUGUGUUCUACUAUCAUAUGGAUCCCUUCAGACCCAUGAGCGGACGGUUCAAGGACCGGGUGGUCUGGGAUGGGAACCCUGAGCGGUACGAUGUCUCCAUCAUCCUCUGGAAGCUGCAGUUCGAUGACAAUGGGACAUAUACCUGCCAGGUGAAGAACCCACCUGACGUCGAUGGUCUGGUAGGGUCCAUCCGGCUCAGCGUGGUGCACACUGUGCCCUUCUCUGAGAUCUUCUUCCUGGCUGUGGCCAUUGGCUCUGCGUGCGCAGUGAUGAUCAUAAUAGUAAUCGCCGUGGUCCUCUUCCAGCACUUCCGGAAAAGGCGAUGGGCGAAAAGGGCUGAGAAAGAUGAGGGGAUAAAAUCCAAAGAAGAGGAAAAACUCCAACAAGAGAACAAGGUCUCUGUAUAUUUGGAAGACUAGCACUGUGAGGAAGCUGAGGAUUUUCAAGGACAUUAGUUCCCCUUGAAGUCAAUGGAAACGUUUCCAGUGAUGAUCUGCCAUCCUGCAAGUUCCGCAGCACAAACCUGCCCAGAUGAGCAACGCCCCUGCCGAGCAGCUUAGGACUCUCCCUGAGCAGAUGCUGCUAGACUCCUGUGCACCUUCAUUACUAGGGUUUUACCUAAUCCCAGAGUGCGGGUGUGUAUUAGCUUUUGUAAACUGGGAAGUUACAUUUUUGUCCUUCCAAAUGCCUGUGGGGUGUGACUCCUGUACUCCCGUGUGUGUAUUGGCAUCAAGGGGCAGGAAAGCCAGCUAGCCUGCCCGCCAGGUGAUAUUUCUUCUCACAUUUGAGUUUCUUUAGGACAGCACAGAAGUGUGCUAAGGGGUCUGGAGAGGUGGCUCAACCUUUAGGAGCACUGGUUGCUCUUACGGAAGACCCCAGUUCAGCACCCACAUGUUGACUCACAACCAUCAAUAACUCCAGUUCUAGGGGAUGUGACACCCUCUUCUAGUGUCUGGGGGCACUUCAUACAUCUAGUACAUGUACAUCCAUGCAGGCAAAACCCCCAUACGUAAAAUGAAAAUAUAUCAUAAAAAGGUGAGCUAAACCUCCUCCCAGCCAUUUUUGAUGAAUAGCAAAACCCAAAUUCACACUGGAAGUCUGAUUUUCAUGGCUGUCCUUAAGUAGUAGCCACAUCUUGUUUAACUGAAUUUGUUCAGUAUCCUAGAUUUUUUGACAGUUAAUCCAAGGUCUGUAGGUGACAGUACAAAUCUAACCACAGUAACUACAGAAGGUCACGAGAACACCAGUAUACCAGCAGAUGCUACCAGGAAGAAUCACUCAUGGCCGUUUUUACAUUUAUUUAUUUUUAGACAAGUUCUCACUAUGUAUCACUGGCUGGUCUAGAACUAGCUAUGCGGAGCAGGCCUUAAAGUUCAGCUCUCUAGUGCUGGGGUUGAAGGUGCACCACCACAUCCAGCUCACUGCAGCUUUGUACUGAGUACGGCUUGCUUACUGUGCUCUGUCUCCCUCAGCAGAGCUCAGCUCAUUUGCUGACUUUGUGAUAUCAUUGUAUUACAACUUAAAAUUAAUUUGGACUUGUGAAAAAGGCCAACCCAAGCAAAUGACCAUUUUGCACAGUCUUAUGUAAGUGUGAGAACUGAAAGAAAUUCUUUAAAGUUCUUUUGGUUUUAAUUCACCUUGUUUUAAGGAGAAUUUGGCAGGGACCAAAGAAAUACCAAAACUACUUAAAGGUAAUGAAUCAAUUUUAUUUUUCCCUUAAUUUGAGUAUAAAGCAAAUUUUUCAAGUGGGCUAUGGGAAGAAGAGGGAUGGAUUUCUCCUUUGCAUCUAGUUCCUUGGUGUGUGCACACAAGUCACAACAGCAUUGUUGGGAGAACAGAGAACAUCUAAAAGUGAAUCUUUACAAUGUGAUGUUUUAAUCCUCAUUAGACUGCUGCACAGAUUACUUCUAACAAACUGGAAUUUCCAAUAGAUUGUAUUUCUAGACACAGGACCUUGACAUUUUACCCAGUCUUUAAAACAAGUUGACAUCAUUUCCAUGUGAACCUUGGUCUUGAAAUUCAUUCCAUACCUCUCAUUCUGCUUUUCAUACUGCCUUUAAAAUGUUCUCUUUUGUUGUUGUUGUUGUUGUUGUUCUCUCUCUCUCUCUUAAUUAAGACAGGAUCUGUUUGUUGCCUUGGCUAUUCUGGACCUCUCUGUAGACCAGGCUGGCCUUGCCUUGAAGUCAUAGAAAGCCCCACUGCCUCUGCCUCCCUAGUGCUGGGAUUGAAGGUGUGAGCCACCAUAUCCUGGCCUAAAAACGUUUUGAUACCUAGUUUUGAAGCUACAAGUUAGAUCUGUGUUUUCUCCUGUUCUUCAUAAUUCACCGUUGUGAAUACAACUUGAUAUUUCUUUAAACAAUGGCCCAUGUAUGUUCCAUAGGUGUACUGAAGUAGUUAAAAACUCUCCAGUGAACUUGCAGCUUGUGUCUUGUCUGAAUACUCAUGGGGUAUCACAGCCUUGUUCAGUGUCUCCUUCCUACGAGCACUUUUGUACUGUAACUUAUUUUUUAUUAUGCCUAAAGCAUUGUGUAAAUAAACCCUUAGUAAUAAAGA